UCAGCAGCGGAGUCAGUUUGAAAUUGAAGCGGGCGAUGGCGGAAGCGACGAGAGGACAAUAACAAAAACAGUUUGCUUGAACGCAAUUUAUUUUAUACAGAUGGAUUUAUUCGUUUUUAAUUAACCUAUCAGGCUGUGCUGGCGUCCAGUCUUCCAUAUGUUUUAUGUAUUUGUUGUAUUAGGUCGCGUAACCUGGAGUUGAGUUUCCGUUAGUGAGUUUAUAUUAACGUUUUGUUUUUGUUUAUAGCAGCCAUGUCGCUAUUUAGUGUACAAGCGAGGAAGCACACGGCUUAUUAUGAUCAUCUAAUGUCAACAUCGACGUCCAGGACGCCGAGCAGAGACCGAAAAGUGACCGACAGAGGUGACAUAACAUCCGGAGAGUCUGCGUGUGAAGACAGCAGGCUGUCCGAUAAAAGCCGACAGGUGAACAGGACCUAUGUGAUCUCUGCGCUGGCAAAGAGCGCCACUCCUCACCGUGCCCGACUCACUCUGCAGAGGAGGUCAAGGAGGAAAACCGGGGCCGAACCAGCGGAUAAGACGAUGGUUGAAAGCAGCCAGGAUAGCACACCAGCACCGGAGAAGAGGCUGACCCUGCAGCGCAGGACCAGGACUCCCUCGAUGGAUAAGAGGGUCAGCGGCACCGGCCUGCAGCAAACACCUCUCAGUGAACCAAACGGUAGGGCCCCUGUUUUGAUCAGGUCUAUGAGUUUAAGAGAGAAAGGAAGAGAAACUGGUGCUCAGGUGGAAAGCCAGGGGAGGCCGGCGCACAGCAGGACGCCCACCUCCUCAUUCACAGGUAGGCAGCUGGAGGAACAGGCCCAAACCUUUAAAACUCCCACUAAAAAGACCCCGUUUGAGAAGAUCGCCGCCAAGAGAGACGUGUUUGAGAGACUGGCCGGUAAAGAAGUUCCUAAACCAGUGGCAGUCAAAUCUGCAAGUUUGGAGAGGCCCAAAUCCCGAGCACCACAUCCACAACCCGUGCCAACCCCUCGAGUCAGCAAAGCGUCCGCAGGUGUGCUCAAACGACACUCAAAGAGCGCCAGCAUCUCAAGCCAAAGAGGAGAGGUGACCCAGGUCAGGACCUCCACUACUGCGCCAUCACCCACCGAGCAGCCCCUGUCUAGACCCAGUGGAUCUCUGAACCAAAAGGAUCCACUUAAGAUGGAAAACAGUGCAGUGACUGUUGCAGUGCGUGUGCGCCCCUUCAAUGCCAGGGAGAAGGCAGAGAAGGCGCUGCAGGUCAUCUUUAUGAACGGUCAGGAGACUGUUGUCCAGCACCCGGACUCAAAACAGAGCUACUCCUUCACUUAUGACUUCUCCUUUUGCUCGGUGGAUGAGUGUGACCCCACCUUUGCCAGCCAGCAGACGGUGUACGAGACACUGGCCAAACCUUUGCUGCUGAGGGCCUUUGAAGGAUUCAACACCUGCCUCUUUGCUUACGGCCAAACGGGCUCUGGGAAAUCGUACACGAUGAUGGGUUUCGGAGAAGAAGAAGGUGUAAUCCCGCGGUUUUGCGAUGAGCUUUUUUCUAGAUUGUCCUCCAUGGAAAACAAAGAGGUAAAUUGUCAUGUAGAGAUGAGCUACUUUGAAGUGUACAAUGAGAAGAUCCAUGACCUGCUGGUGGCCAGAGAUGAGCCAAACCAGAGGAGCACGCCUCUGAGAGUGAGGGAGCAUCCCGUCCAUGGUCCCUACGUCGCUGACCUCUCUGCGAAUAUUGUGAGCUCAUACAAUGACAUUCAGGGUUGGCUAAAGCUCGGUAACAAGCAGAGAGCCACGGCAGCUACAGGGAUGAAUGACAAGAGCUCCAGAUCUCACUCAGUCUUCACCUUGGUUAUGACUCAGACUCAGACAGAGUUUGUGGAGGGUGAGGAGCACGAGCACAGUAUCACCAGCAGGAUCAACCUGGUGGAUCUGGCAGGCAGCGAACGGUGUAACUCUGCUCAGACAAGUGGAGACCGACUCAGGGAGGGUGCUAGCAUCAACAAAUCCCUGCUCACCCUCGGAAAGGUCAUCUCUGCCCUGGCAGAACAGGCACUGAGCAGAAAGAAGGUCUUCAUACCAUACAGAGAGUCUGUUUUGACAUGGCUGUUGAAAGAGAGCCUCGGUGGCAACUCCAAAACAGCCAUGAUCGCCACACUGAGCCCAGCGGGCAGCAACGUUGAGGAAAGCCUGAGCACUCUGCGCUAUGCCCAGCAGGCCCGCACGAUCAUUAAUGUGGCUAAAGUCAACGAGGACACAAGUGCCAAGCUCAUCAGAGAGUUGAAGGCUGAGGUGGAGAAGCUGCGAGCAGCUCAGAUGAGCUCCCAGGGCAUCGAACCAGAGAGGGUUAGGCUGUUCCAGCAGGAGAUCUCUGGCCUGAGGAGCAAACUCUGUCAGCAAGAGAGAGAAAUGGUCGAGGCCAACCGGGCAUGGAGAGAGAAACUGGAGCAAGCUGAAAUCCGCAAACGUGAAGAAGCCAAAGAGUUACAGAAAGCAGGUGUGACGUUCAAGGUGGACAAUCGUCUUCCUAACCUGGUCAACCUGAACGAGGAUCCUCAGCUGUCUGAGAUGCUUCUCUACAUGAUCAAAGAGGGUCGGACUACAGUUGGCAAGCUCAAGUCUGAGUCCAGUCAUGAUAUCCAGCUGUCAGGAGCCCUCAUCGCUGACCAACACUGUGUUAUAACCAACAUCCAGGACACGGUCAGCAUCACUCCCAUGGAAACUGCCAAAACCUUUGUUAAUGGAAACCUCAUAUCUGAAUCCACCGUUCUACACCAUGGUGACAGGGUGAUUCUUGGCGGAGACCACUACUUCCGCUUCAACCACCCGGCAGAAGUGCAGUCUGGGAAGCGGGUGUCAUGUUGGACGGGUGCAGGGGAUGGCCACAAAGACUUUGAAUUUGCCAAAAAUGAGCUGCUCGCAGCUCAAAGAGCUCAGCUGGAGGCAGAAAUUGAAGAAGCCCAUUUGAAGGCAAAAGAGGAGAUGAUGCUGGGAAUCCAAAUGGCAAAAGAGGUGGCACAGAAAGAGCUAUGUGACCAGAAGGUGCUUUAUGAGGACAGGAUCCGAGCUCUGGAGAGAGAGUUGAAUGGGGAGACUGAGCGGAAGCGCAAACAGGAGUUGGACCAGAAGAGGGUGGCCAGCCAGAUGGAGGAGCUGAAAAUGUCCAAGCGACAGCUGGAGCAGGAGGUCGACACCCACAAGACACGCCUCCGUCUGCACAUGGAGGCUCAGGCGAUGGAGGAACAUCGUGUGCGUCAAGCCAGGAUUGUUGAGGCCCUGGAGGCGGAGAAGAGAAAGAUCAGCACUGAGCUGGAGGAGAUGCAGAAGAAAAGAGCCUUAAGGGAAAAUAACGCAUCCCGAAUUGUCUCUCCACAGUGGGAUGCCAUGAAGUUGUCCCUGAUGAUUGAGGAAGCCAAUAAGAUCAGUGCAAAGCUGAGGAAAAACACAGUUUUCAGCAGACAUGAAAGCUGCGAUGAUACGAACCUGCAGGUGCGGGUUCAGAACACAAAGCUGGCGAUCACGACAUUCUGGAGCUUGGACAAGUUCCAAAACAACAUAGCCGCCAUGAGGGAACUCGAGCAGGGGGAUUCCACAUCUAAAGAUGACGAUGUGUUUUAUGACCCUGAUGAUGAGUGGGAGCAAGAUAUAUCGGCCUCCUCUGCCUCAACCUCCUCCUCCUUCUCCCGUCGAAGGAGCAGGAGCUUGUUGAAGAGCAAGAGAAUCUCUGGUCGUCUCUACGAGAUCCGGGUCCAUCCGAUUCAGAGCCUCCACAACAGCUCCUCGCAGUCUGCUGGCUUCAUGGGUGUGGUCACACCGCCCUCCACCCAUUCCAUCAGCGGAGACUCUGCCAUGCCAGGCAUCUGCAAGGAGUUGAUUGGCCAGUCAGUGGCCCGUCUGCGUGAAUCUAGAGGGAUUGAAGAGAGCAUGGCAGACAGGCUGGCCUCUGAUCUGUACCUGGUGUAUGUGGCGGUCCAGACUAUAUCUGACCUAUAUGACAGCAUGGAUGAAGACAGCCAGGAGAAUGUGUUUGUGUGUAACUUGGUGGCCCGGACUCAGCUGGUCAAGGCCACCACAGCCAUAGAGAAUGCAGCGUUUGUUACCAUGCAGUGGUUGGCCAGCGUUAAACCCUCCUCCGGCCUGCUCUACACCCUCACUGAGGAGCUCAAAAGCCAAGUCAAAAAGAUGGGAGGAUUCUUUCAGCUCCUCAUUCAGGCUUGUGAAUCCGAGAUCGCAUCAAUGGUGACGGAGGCACGGAGGAAGAGCAGUCAGUGCCUGGACGCUGCAUUGCUCACACUUGGCCACCUGGCGGCAAUGACGGGCAUGCAGCUGAAUGCUGUGGAGCGGGUUGCCCAGGCCACAGGCAAGGUAACACCACCAUUAAUACCACAGCAGCAAUCCGCUGUUAUGAGUCUGCUAAAGGGGACCAAUAAGGGCGUCCGCUCUCUCUUAGAGGAGAGCCUCAUCAUUGCCAGAGAAAUGCUGAGAGAGGCUCAGCUGGCCUACCCCAGGAACCCAGUCCUCCAGAGUCUAAAAUCCAAGACUCUUGAUUUAGCCCGUGCUCUGCAGAACUACAUGCAUCGCCAUAUCACGGAGAGGGAGACUGACACAGAGCAGGUGGAGGAGGUGGAGGAGGAGGAGGCCUCGGUUUCCCAUUUGCAGAGACUGGGGAUUACAGUGACCAAGCUGUUCCAGCUGAAUCAGGCCAUCAGACAGCUGCAUUCCUCUCUGUCUACCGCCCUGCGAGGAAAAGACAGAGACUUCAACCUCGGCAGCUGCAGAGAACUAAUCUCCUCUGCCAAGGCUGUCGAUGAGCUGAUCACUGGUCUGUCCAAGGAGGGAGCAGUAACGCUGGCUCUGCGACUUCCCUGUCUUCAGAACGUCAUGGCUGCACGAGAUGAGCUCCACUCUGCCCUGCAGUCCCUGUCCUCCUGGAACCAGCAGGAUCCGGGAGCGAACAGAAGCUCUUCCGCUUCAGAUAAGAGCACAGAAGAUGAACUCUUGUCUAAAGAGAGUGCUACCACUCAUUGCUCUGUUAGAAAUCGAGUCGUGAGUAAGAGUGUACUCUCUCCCUCCAGGUGUGACAACUAAAAGCAACACACAUUGGGUGUAAUGUGCAUUUAUACCCUAUGCUAUUUUUUUAUGAUGUGCUCACAUCAUGUACGAUUUACUGUAAAAGUGAACUACUGGUAAUAACAAAUGUGUCGUGCACUAGACACUGCACGGACUCUAGUGCCAUUCAAGUUGAUAAACAGUUGUUAAAUUCACAUAAAGUCAACUCAGUGAGUCAAUAUGAGCAAACAAAAUAAUACAAUACGUGGCUGCUUCGAAAUUUAAUAAGUAAUUUGGCACUAAGAGCUUUAAAGGUAUUUUAGAUAUAAGCAUUAAGACUUAAGUCACCGCAAUAUGUAGAGUUCAUAUAAGAGUCAUUCUUGAUGGAUUAGCAGAGUUAGAAUACUUGGCAGUAAGGACAAUGUUUACUUACAGGAUUACUUACUUAUUUUUCAGAGGCCACUAAAUUAUUUUUGUUUUUUAUUAUUUCAAACAUGUAAGAUUUCAAUACGCAGGUGGCGUUAUGUUAAAAAAAAAAUAAUGAAAGGCUUUCUCCCUAUUCUCCGCUGUAUAUGAUUUCUUUCUUGUAUGAAUAUAUAUAUUUUGUUCUUUGCAGAAAGUUUUGCUCUUUUAUGUUGUAUAACACGUACUGCAACAAUUUGCACUCAGAAGGGUCUUGUAUACUCCAUGUUUCUCCUAAAUACAUGUAUUCCACAAAGUGUUUUAUGUCCUUUUUACUGUUCACUUUGUAAAAAUUUGAUAUGUCAAAAUAAUGUAACAACUUGUGCUUCCGCAAUAAAUUCACAUGGCUUGAUUUGACAAAGAUCCAAACCUUUCGUAACACAGGUGGAGUCCUGAUGAAGACUGACACUAGCACUGGAAU